AAAAAAUCCAUAUGGUCUGUCGGCAGGUUGGAGGGGGGAAAUCUUACGACUUUUUGCAUUCCAAGCUCGUCAUUUAGUUGGCUUCACACAUCUCCGCUCUCUCUCGCUGGCGAAAGUUAACGUGAAGCGACGAAUUUACUUUUUACUUGUUCUAAACCGACUUGUAUACCCGUCCAUUAUUCAAGAUGAAUUCGCCUUCAGAAUUUUAUCGACGCGAUAAUACAGAGAAGGAAUCAGUGGAUGAAAUCCGUCAACGAAUUCAUUCAUUGCGCCAAAUGGUGGAAGACGAAGUAGGAGAGAAACAAAAUUUGGAUGACUUGAAGAAAUCGUCAAAAAAAAGGAAAGAGUCUAUGGAUACUGGAUCGCUACUAAGUUUCACAUUCGGUUUUAUUCUAUUCUUAUUAAUUGCUGUAGGAUGUUAUGCGUUCCGAUCACUUUAUUUAGCGAUAAUGAAACGCUAUGCCAUAACGCCUACAACUCAAUGAACAAUAUACGUUUCAGCUAUUUUCAGUAUUGACAACCUUGUACUGUGCUUUUACAAAAUCAAUACUUGGCUCUAGUUUAUGAGCGCAAUAAUAAAUCCAGUAUUUAUACAGAA